CACGGGCGGGCCUCACGUAGCGCUACGCUGCUACGGGCUACGAACUUCUACAGCUGAGUAAACGCGUACUAUGCCGCGAAAACUGUGAAGUUUCAUAUGUUACGCUACGAUGUGUUCUGAAUAAUGUUGUUAAGGAAGUUUUUGUUCUACAUACACUUGGGACUUGUCUUCCAUGUUGUCAUUUGUUUUAAAGAUACCACUGAAGUGCCACGCUUCGAAGAUAGUCUUAACAACUUGACAGUUUCACUAGGUAGAGAAGCCGUAUUCACUUGUGUCGUCAAUGAUCUCGGAUCCUACAGGGUGGCGUGGCUACGUGUGGACACGCAAACGAUCCUGACAAUAGCAACCCAUGUUAUCACGAAGAACCAUCGCAUAGCUGUGAACCACAGCGACAGGCGCGUCUGGUUCCUUCACAUCCACGACGUACGGCAAUCAGACCGAGGCUGGUAUAUGUGUCAACUGAACACAGACCCUAUGAAGAGUCAGACAGCUUAUUUAGAUGUUGUAGUUCCGCCGGACAUCUUAGAUUACCCGACAAGCAGCGACCAAGUGGCCAGAGAAGGCGCCAACGUAACUCUGCGGUGUGCCGCCCACGGGGUACCGACUCCGAUAGUUGUAUGGAGAAAAGAGGCUGGGGACUUAUUACCUACAAGUAAUUUUAGUGAUACACACAAUAGUUCAGUAAGCGGUGCAGUAUUGCAAUUAACGAAAGUAUCAAGGUUACACAUGGGAGCGUACCUGUGCAUCGCCAGCAAUGGUGUUCCGCCCUCAGUUAGCAAACGGGUUAUGCUUGUAGUGCACUUUCCGCCUAUAAUGACUAUACAAAACCAAUUAGUUGGAGCGAAAGAAAGUGACACAGUACAUUUAGAUUGUCAUUCCGAAGCUUUCCCAAGGUCUAUUAAUUAUUGGACUAUAAAUGAUCAAAUUAUUUCACAGUCUGAUAAAAGAUUUGAAAUAUCAGCAAUAGAGAGAGGCUACGAAGUAGAUAUGAGGCUUACUAUCAAGAAAGUAGGCAGAACCACAUUCGGUACAUACAGUUGUAUAUCGAAGAACUCGCUCGGCGAUACCGACGGAACCAUAAAAUUGUAUUCACUGUCCGGCAAGUUCGAAGAGAUGCAGUACAACGAGGUAGGGGAUUUCGAAGACGCCUCGGACGUGAGUGAACUGGAAGCUUUGAAGCGAAGUGGGGCAACUCGAUUACAUAAAACUAUACUAUUCUUAGCUAUAUACUUUGUAUCAUAAUGCUACCUUUGUAUAUAAU